UCCUUCCCUCUUAAAGGGCCAUGUCUCUUUUGUCGUCGCUGCUGCGGCUGCCUCAGCGAGGCCUCGUCAUGACCGCCGUGGCGACAAGACACCGCCUGAGGCUAGCGGGGCCCCGGCCGGACAGAAACGGAGGCCAGUGCCGAGGAACGCCCCGCCGAGCGGCAGCGGGAAGAGCCGUCACCGUUGGCAGCGGCCUUAGCCUAUCAGCCUUCUUCCUUUUCUCCGGAGAAGCUACGAAGAAGGAUGAGGGGGACACAGAGGAAGGAGAGGCAAAGGCAGACGCAGAGGACGCCAUCAUUCUUCUGCUGAAAAAAGCCAAGCUCAACAUCAUGAAAGGAGAAUUGGAAGAAGCGGAGCGCAUCCUGCAUGAGGCUGCCUGGCUCUCUCAGCAAUCGGACAACAAAGCGGCCAUUAUUUACACGUACGAUAUGAUGGCGAACUUGGCCUUCAUGAGAGGGCAGCUGGAGCACGCUGAAAAGCUUUUCAAAGCAACCAUGAGCUACCUGCUUGCCGGGGACGUAAAGCAAGUAAGUGCCCUUCGAAUCUCGAAUAAACUUUUCCCUAUUUUAUUUUUGUUGGGCAGGGACAAACUAGCCCUUGCUGGCUAUCAGUUCUGCAUCCUGACCCUGGAGGAGAAGAUUGCGAAGCAGAAGGACCUGGUCCCGGACGCCUUGCCAGAGGAAGAAAGGGUCAACACCCACCUUCUGCUUGCCAUGAGCCUGGACUCCUAUGCCCGCUAUCUGCUGGCUCACAGUCAGGCGGCACUAGCCCAGACGAUGUACGAGCGUGCCCUGCAGAUCGCGAUGGAAAUUCACGGGGAGACACACCCUCAGACGGUGGUGGUGAUGAGUGACUUGGCAACGGCUUUGGACUCCCAAGGGCUCUACGACGAAGCCCACGCCCGAGUGAGCAGGGCGGCAGAAUUGGCCCAGCAGACCGAGCACCCGGAGGCCCACGUGAUCUUGAACAACCUGGCCGGAAUCCUCGUCCAUAAAGGAGAUUACUCACAGGCCAGGCGAGCAUACAGGGCUGCCCUGGAACAGGCGGAGAAGUCUGGGGAUGGCGUUUCGGUGAGGUACAUCGAGAAGGAACUGGCGCAGCUGGCCAAGAGGAAGAGAAUGCAGUCGAAGGCCAGCGCCAAUUCGCAGGUGGAGGACCCGGGCAAGGCUGGAGCCGAGGCACGGAGGGAGUGACCGCGGCUUCCUGCAGCUGCCCUGUGAGAGCGCCGAAGAGCCUGCCCUACAACAUGCUCCUUCUGGCUGUAAGGGCAAUGCGUCCUGGACUGCAUGGGGCAGCCCUCGGUCUGCGCAGUGCCCAAGGGGAGCGCAUGGGACUCCUAGAGUGCAAAGCAUGAGGAGGAUGAACCCGGUUUCUGGAUCCCAAGAGGGAAGCUCCAGUUUGGAUCCACGCACCGAAUAAAGCGAAGAUAGCCACAGCUUAA